ACUUCCCAACCCCGCCCCCUUCCAACCCAAAUAGUGCGGACGGAGGACGAAAGUCUUUGCUUAUUGGCUAAAGUGGAAGGCCACGCCCCUAAAUCCCACGGGUGGGCGGGAGCGCGGUUUUCGGGCUCUCUGAUUGGUCGGAAGGCCUGUCUCUCUGGAUGGAAGAAAAUCGGUUGGUGGCUGCUCACGCUCAUCAGCAGAAACGCAAAGUUGUCGGCUGGAGGUUCUAACGGUCGCCCGACGGCGCCGCCAGGGGGCACUCGGCUCCCAGCCUGGCGCCCGGCCGCGAGCUGCCUGGUCUCCCGGCGACGCGUCCCGCCCGGGGGAAGCCGGCUGGCGCGCCGCCUCGCAGCCUCCUGGGUCGGCUCCCGCGGGCCGCGGGCUCCUAGGUGGCGGCUGAGGCAGAUAAUGGCGCCUGGGCUGCUGUGGCGCCGGCUUGGCCCUUCUGUGGCGUUUCUGCAACUUUCCCCCCAUAAACCCCUCUGCGAUGGAGCGUGAACGCGCUCUCCUGGUGAAGCGUUUCUCGACGCUUCUCCACAGCCCGGGGAGCAUUGAUGGCGUUGAAUGGAACCAGAGACGUCCACAAAGGUGCUGGCUCUGGCGGUGGGGACAAAAGCCGCCCUGAGGCAGCUGACACCUGCCCUGGCCCAGGCGGGAGAGGGUGCCCUGUCACAAAGCCCCAGAGAUGUGAUGUCACACAGAUCACUCUCCCUGCGAAGGGAGGGGCUGUAUCUGGAUUCCUAGCCUUAGCAGCUCCAGUGCCCUCAGUGGAAAGGUGGGCAGGCUGCCUGACACUGACCUGGUCAAAGGAAGCGCCAAGCUUGGCGUAUUGGACUGAAGAUGGUGUUCGGUAUUUGCGGCCAGAAGGAGAGGCUCUGCAGGGUCCUGUACCUAGUCCAGGUCCUCAUUCUAGCAGGAAUGGUAUACUAUUAUUUCCAGGAGCCCGGGGGGAAAACAGCUUCUGACCACGAGACUGCUGGGGAGUCAUCACUGUCCACAGGAGAGACCUUGAGGCCGCUGUGGGGGCUGAUGGACAAGUGCUACCCCGUGGCCACUCAGAGACGCAGAGUGAGGAGUGGGAAGAAGCAGGCCCCCGAGGCCACUACCCCCGAGGCUCCAGGAGGACUGAAUGAUGCUGCCCCCAAGGAGGAGAGGGACAUGCUGUCUGCUGGGGAGAGGGCGGGGGCAGGGGAGGGGACGGUCCCAGGCCAGGGAGCAGCCAGCCCCACUCCUGCUGGGAAGGAUGUGGCUGAGGAGAAGGAGCUGGCAGGCAGCCCAGGCUGGGAGGAGGCGAAGGUCCCCGCGGAGCCUGCUCUGCCCCCUUCAGGGGACCUGCAGGGCCUGCCUGUUGGUGCUGGAGAGGCCUCUGCGGUGCAGAGCCAGGAGGAGCGGCCCGGAGGGUGGGCCCCCCGGCUCCUGAGGAAGCUCUGGCUCGGCUGGUUCCCGGUCUCCGACGGCCCCGAGACUCAGAAGCACCAGUGACAACCCAAUAAACACACGAGGUGA